GCGGGCACCUCAGGCCUCAGCCACACAAAGCCACGUUCGUUAAAAAUAGAAAGCACAACACAUAAGCCACGCACACGUAGCUUCCUUCAUUUCGGAAAUUCUAAGCAAUCAUUAAAAGAUGGCAGAUGGUGAGGAUAUACAACCUCUUGUUUGUGAUAAUGGAACUGGAAUGGUCAAGGCUGGAUUUGCUGGAGAUGAUGCUCCAAGGGCUGUGUUCCCUAGCAUUGUGGGUCGUCCACGCCACACUGGUGUGAUGGUUGGAAUGGGGCAAAAGGACGCAUAUGUUGGUGAUGAGGCUCAAUCCAAGAGGGGUAUUUUAACACUGAAAUACCCAAUUGAGCAUGGCAUAGUUAACAACUGGGAUGACAUGGAGAAGAUCUGGCAUCACACUUUCUAUAACGAGCUGCGUGUGGCCCCGGAAGAGCACCCUGUUCUCCUCACAGAAGCACCACUUAAUCCCAAGGCCAACCGUGAGAAAAUGACACAGAUUAUGUUUGAGACCUUCAACACUCCGGCUAUGUAUGUUGCCAUCCAAGCAGUGCUUUCCCUUUAUGCUAGUGGCCGUACAACUGGUAUUGUUCUGGACUCUGGUGAUGGUGUCAGCCACACAGUUCCAAUCUAUGAAGGCUAUGCACUGCCACAUGCAAUCCUGCGUUUGGACCUUGCAGGGCGUGACCUCACCGAUGCCCUCAUGAAGAUCUUAACCGAGCGUGGCUACUCUUUCACCACCACUGCCGAGAGAGAAAUUGUGAGAGAUGUUAAGGAAAAGUUAGCCUACAUUGCUCUUGACUACGAGCAAGAGGUGGAAACAGCAAAGACAAGCUCAGCUGUGGAGAAGAGCUAUGAGCUACCUGAUGGACAGGUGAUCACUAUCGGUGCGGAACGGUUCCGUUGCCCUGAAGUGCUCUUCCAGCCAUCCAUGAUUGGGAUGGAGUCUCCUGGCAUCCAUGAGACCACAUACAACUCCAUCAUGAAGUGUGAUGUUGACAUCAGGAAGGACCUCUAUGGCAACAUUGUGUUGAGUGGUGGCUCAACAAUGUUCCCUGGCAUUGCUGAUAGGAUGAGCAAGGAGAUCACAGCAUUGGCACCAAGUAGCAUGAAAAUUAAGGUGGUGGCUCCACCAGAGAGGAAGUACAGUGUCUGGAUUGGAGGCUCCAUUUUGGCAUCCCUCAGCACCUUCCAACAGAUGUGGAUUGCAAAGGCAGAAUAUGAUGAAUCAGGCCCCUCAAUCGUCCACAGGAAAUGCUUCUAAUGAUGCAGAGAGUCCAGGAAAUUUUAAUAUAUACUCCGCACUACAGAAAUACCAUAAAGUGGUUGAGGAAGUUUUAUUUUCUAUUCUUUACCAUUUUUUAACCAUGUUUUCGUGUUUCCUUUAUUAAUAUGUUGGGAUAAGAGCAUGAAAGCAAAGCAUGAUAUAUAAGAUUUUUUUUUUUUCAUUUUAUUGUAGAAGAGAUGUGUAUUGUUAUUGAUUUGAUUUGGUUGAAUCAAAUUCUCUUAAGCAUUUUGAUUAGAAUAGUGGUAUGUAUUUUGAUUUAUUGUUCUGUGAACGAAGAGUCAUUCUUGUUCAGUGUUCACGGACCAAUCUUUUAUAUAAUAUACUUCAUAUUUGGCCAACUAU